AUGUCUCCCCAGUCUUCGGCCCCCGUGCAGAGGACGGCGCCUAUCGCCAUCGCUCCAAAGCCUCCACGGCCCGAGCCCUCUUAUCGCCAGGACAGCUUCCAUAGGCUCGAGAUUGGCCACGGAGCUGCCAGUUCUGCCCCUGUCGAGGGUUCAUCCCUCAACGGCUCCCCCAUCCCGCCCUGCCUGGCUUGCCGCUACUCGCGUACCAGCUGUAUCAUGAACGACGAUGACGAUGGCUGUGCUCAGUGCCAAGCUGCUGGCUCCGAGUGUUCCCUGGCCUGCAGUCCCCAGUCCCGAAAAAGAAAGCUUCAUGACGGCCAAGAUGUUGGGAAAAGAAGUUCUCCGGGUCUCGCAUCCAGGCGACGAAACCACAACUCUAGCCUCUCUAGCACCGCCGCCAGCAGCUCGUUCCUGGAGGAGAUGGCAAAUGUCGGCGGUCCGACCAUGCUGAAACGUACGCUUGGCCUCCAGAACGAUCGCUACAGCCAAUACAUCGGUCCCACCACCGACUUUGAACCCUCCCUCAUCAACCUCUCCUCCUUCGAUCCCCACGACGAGAGCCUCUUGUCCAGAGGUACUCUCCGCAAAGUCAGUGAACACGACACCUUCUUGAUGCUGCCUGACUCCAGCACACCAGGGCACGAACAUGUGAAGCAGGACGCUGAUCAUGUCGAGUCCAUUGUGGCCCCUCAUGGCCGGCAUCUGAUCGACAUUUACUUUCGGGUCAUCCACCCAGGGUUCCCCAUUAUACAGAAGCACGUCUUUAUGGAAAAGUACGAACGCUCGCAUCGAGAAUUCUCACCGCCUCUGUUGGCCGCCGUCUACCUGCUCGCCAUCAAUUGGUGGGACCAGAACGAGGAUCUUGCUGGUCUGCCUCGCCCCAACGUCAAGGAGCUUGAGAGCAUUAUCCGUGCGACACUGGAUGAGGCCACUUUCCGACCAAAGCUGUCGACGAUCCAGGCAGGCUUGCUCCUGUCCCAGAGACCAGAGGGUGAUCAGUGGGCACCGACGGCCCAGCUUGUAGCUCUUGGACAUGAGCUUGGAUUACAUCUGGACUGUUCAGGAUGGAAGAUUCCACCGUGGGAAAAGGGGCUUCGGAAACGAUUGGCUUGGGCACUUUACAUGCAGGAUAAAUGGGGGGCUCUGGUUCAUGGACGACCAUCACACAUUUUUUCUACCAACUGGGGAGUGAAAUCCCUCACCCCUAAUGACUUUCCGGAUGUCGAAUGGGACGAGAAUGAUACAGAGGAGAAGCUGGAUAUCGAAAAAGGCCGGAUGUUGUUUAUGCGGGUGGUGCAACUUUCCGAAAUCCUCUCCGAGAUCCUCGACACCUUUUACACAUUACAUGCGAUGAAUACAGUCGCCAAUGCAGGCGCGCAAGGUACACACCUCGUCUUGUCACUCGCAAAGCCGAUCCAAUUGAAGCUUAAGGAGUGGUAUGGAGGGCUACCGCAGUUGAUUCGACUUGAUUCUUCUUACUCGUCGUUUAACCCAAGCAGCAGACUCUCGAGUAUUGGAUAUCUCCAUUUGGCAUAUUUUGCCGCCGAAAUUACUCUACAUCGACGAAUCAUCCGGUCACUUGCUUCAGAAUCGAAUACGGUUGACUCGUACGUGCAGCACAUUUGUCGCAGUGCUGCCAAGGCCCGUCUUAUCUCUGCCAUGGAUUUUGUCAACCGUUUGACACCGAACCACCUGCGAUCGUUUUGGUACUUUGCGUCAAAAACCAACUUUGCCCUGAUUGGCACGUUUGGCUCACUACUCUGGGCCACAUCACCAGGACGUGAGGAGGCUGACUGGUAUCGUCGACGUCUGGGAGAGUAUCGAUGGACUCUUUCAGUGAGCUCGAAGCCUGGAGAAGGAAAGGGAUUGACCGAGUUUGCUAUGACCAUGCUGGAUAUUUCGACAGGCCUGCUGAAGCAGCUGCCCGAGAAGCCAUCGAUGAGCCGCAACGGUAGCCACGUCGACCUCUCAGUUUCAGCGCCUCCAACAUUUAGCGGUGGCAUUCUCGACGGCUUGGGCGGCAUGCCGAGCGCAGACAUGAGUGCUAUGCAUAGUCCGGGCAGUGAAGAGGAGGAGAGCAGCGAUGACGACAUGGAGGAUUAUCCUACACGGAUGUAG